GCAAGCUGGCCUGGAGCGCCUCUAUUCCGCUUUUCUGCCACUUCAUUCUUUCCUCGGUAGCUUCGUCCCUGGCUCCCCGCGGCGACAGCCUCCAGCUCUCCACCAGCGCCGCUCCGCGUGAGCGUCCACGCUCCAAUCGACCAAUCCCAUCUGUUCGCGGCCGCCCACGCUUCCGCCGCCAGCGCCUUGAUGAAGGACAAGAUGAAGGAUUUCGUGAAGAAGAUCACCUCCUCCGGGUCCGGGACCCCCUCCUCCUUCAAGGGAACCUCCCACGUCCUUGGCUCCGGCCCCUCCCCCUCCUCCUCCUCCUCCCACCCCGCUUCCCGUCCUUCAAACCCUAGCGCAAACCCCAGGCCCGCCCCUAUGCGGCCCUCCCCACCUCCCCCGCCCACUUCAACCACCGAUUUCGCCCCCCUCACGCCCCUCGUCUCCUCCUCCUCCUGCCGUCCAGAUGCGAACGGCACCGCGGCCGCCGCCGUCGCUUGCCCCAGCUGCGGAGACGCGUUCCCGUCCGAGGUCGCCGUCUCCGAGCACCUCGACGGCUGCCUCGCGUCGGCAGGGGGCGCCCGCGCGUGUGCCUCCGCGUACCUCGCCGCCGACCCGCCCCCGCCCGCGGCCUCCGUGGAGGUGGUCAAACGCCUGCUGGGCAACCUGCUGCGGGAGCCCGAGAACGACAAGUUCAGGCGGGUGAGGCUGAGCAACCCGCGGAUCAAAGAGGCGGUGGCGGACAGGGAAGGCGGGAUGGAGCUCUUGGAGGCCGUCGGGUUCAGGGUCAGAGAUGAGGGCGGAGAACCCUUCGCCGUGAUGAACGAAGUGCCCAGGGACGCGAGGCUCAAUGGGAUCAGGAGGGCCGUCCUCCUGCUCGAGGGGGCACACCCCUCUGCGCCUCCAGUGAAGGCAGAGGUUGAGGCCAAGGAGAGCUGCAGUAAUGUGGCUGAUCUGCAGGACGGUGCUAAGAAUAUUGAUCGGCAGGUUCGGGUAUUUUUCUCUGUUCCUGAGAGUUCUGUGGCACAAAAUGAUGUACCAGAUUCUUUUUACAAUCUUACUGGUAAUGAGAUACGGAAUGAAGCAAAGAUGAGGAGGGAAAGGUUAGAACAAUCACGAUUGUUGAUACCAAAGUCUUACAAGGAGAAGCAGGCAUUGGCUGCUCGACAGAAGUAUAAACAAGCUGUCAUUCGAGUCGAGUUUCCAGAUAGAAUGAUUCUUCAGGGCGUAUUCCUACCAGGCGAGGCCACUGGUUCGCUGUAUGAGUUCGUCACAUCUGCUCUGAAGCAGCCAGGCUUGGAGUUCGAACUUAUCUCUCCCGCCAUUCCUAAGCCGCGUGUGGUGCCUCAUUUUCCAAACCCGGGAGAGCGGGCACGCACCUUGCAAGAGGAGGAGCUGGUCCCUUCCGCGCUCCUCAAGUUCAUUCCCAGGGAGACUGAUUCCGUGGUCUUCACCGGUUUGCUUGAUGAGCUUCUGAAGGCCAGUGAGCCGCUUCCUGCUGCAUCACAAUGAAGUGUGUGUGUAUGUGUGUGUAUAGCAGUUCGUUCUGUUGCUGUUUCUGCUUGCUGCAUCACAGGAUUACUUGGAUAAUAACGGUACAUAUUUGUAUUGGCUGACAUAUCUUGUGGAAAGGUUGACAUACUCGAGAAUUCGUUAGGCCCAUGCUGAACUGGAUAUGGGCUGGACUGGACUGGACUGUAAAACUCAAUACAUGGCAAGAUUGCUUGAUUUGGCUGUCGCGGAUUCUUACCGAUUUUUUUUUCAAAGGCCCAGUUUGUGUACUAUUAUUAUUAUUAUUAUUAUUAUUUCUUUUCA